AUGAGAACUCAUGAAAUCUGGAAAAUGGGUGGAAUGAUUCUACAAAAAAUGGAUCUUCCUGUUCUGGCUGAAUUUUGGCUCCGAAAAGCCACACAAAUAUCCAAAAAUGAAGACUUAGAAUCUGCCGUUGCAUUCCAGCAGAUCCGUGUUCGUCGUCUCUAUGAGCCUCUCUGCACAGGCUUCCCGGUAAAAGUGGUUUUCUCCCAGUAUGGCAAAUGUAUCAUCGCCACAGAUGACAUCGAGGAGAACGGUGUUAUUUUCAAAGACAAUCCACUCGUCAUUGGACAGGCCACUGAUACCAUCUCAGCACAUCCAACCUGUGACAACUGCGGUUAUUCUCUCAUGGAACCACGUCACUAUUUUGGUGACGAGCUGAACACCAUGAAUGACAGCCUAAAAGACCUGAUAGAUUCUUAUUGGCCAAAGAGGAUGAACAUUUCUUGUGAAAAUUGUUUCCGAGAGAAUUAUUGCAGUAAAGCAUGCAAACAAGAAGCUUGGGAAGGGUAUCAUCGUGUGCUGUGCCCAAGUAAUAACCCUGCAGCCAGUUUGCUUUAUGAUGUUCGAGAUGGAGAUGGCAUGGCUAUUAAUCCAGAGACACGAAUGCAAGAGGAAUUCUGGGGUGGCCAUUUUAGCCCCAUGAUUCUGCCCCGAAUUUAUGCCUCAAUCUUGAGCCAUGCCCAGAAAAUGAUGGAAGAAGAAAACCUGACGGAACCUACACAACUGCACUGGGCAAUCUCUAUGGCACCCUACAGAAGGUUUGUAGCCUUCGGCACUUCAAAGGCUGUUCAGAAAAACCCACUCUUCUACAGUCUGAUUCAAAAGGUUUUCAGCAAUUACAAAAUCAAAUUUGAAAUCAAACAAACAGAUUUUGAGGGCCGUUACAACCAGGCCACAUGUAACCUGCAAGCAUUUGGUCCUUACACAACACCCUAUCACACAUUCCUGGCCAACCUGCAGGAUGUCGAGAUGGAUAUCCAUGUUAUGCAGAUGAUACAAAAACUAAAUAACAAACCUCAGCAUGCUUCUCUCGCUAGUCUUUUUCCACUACAUGCCUGCACUAAUCACUCAUGUAACAACAAUGCUGAUAUACUAGAUGGUGAGGUACUUGGAAGACCUGGUAUUUGGGUCAUGGCAAAUCGAAAGAUCCGAAAAGGAGAAGAGGUUAAUAUCACUUACAUAGAUACAUCCAUGCAGCAAAAACUCAGACGAGCUUGGCUAUACCGGUCAUUCCAUUUUUGGUGCAACUGUCAAAAAAAUGUGAAUUUGAAGGAAGUGAUGCCAAUAUCUGUACAAAUUGCAAGAAGAAAGCACCAGAAGGAAAGAAUUUCUCAACAUGUGGGCGAUGCAAAAAGGCAUGGUAUUGCUCUACUCAGUGUCAAAGAUUUGCCUGGAAAAAAGGUCACAGGAAUAUAUGUGAAAAGGCAGAGAAACCAGAAGGGAGUCCAAAAGCUGAAAGCAAAUAAUUGCUGUUUUAACUGA